GCGAGGAAAGGCGUCAGAGAUAUUCAGCCAGCUCAGAGAGCUUUCACGUCGCUGCUCAGAGAAACCAAGUCAGAAGACGAUGAUGAAGAUGAAACAGACACUGUGCAGAAUUUCUUUCUUGAUGACUUUGGUGGUGGAGCUCGGCUGGAUAAAUAUGGGCUACAGCAUGCACAGGAAGGGAGGAAGUAGGGUAAUGAGGCAAUGGGAGAGGGAGGUGCGCUCAUCUUCCAGUUUGGAGGAGCUGCUCCGUCUCACAGACUUUCCUGAUUGGAAACUGUGGAAGUGUCGUUUGAGACUGCAACAGCCAGAAAGCCAGGCAGAGGCCUUUUCCUCGGCACCUUCGGUCGGCUCACACCGCUCUACACGCUACGCUGCCGAAUCUUACAGCCUAGAGAUUCUUAAAGCCAUAGAUGAAGAGUGGCAGCGUAUCCAGUGCAUGCCCAGGGAGACAUGUAUUGACGUGGCCAAGGAACUGGGCACCGACAACUCAAUCUUCUUCAAGCCACCCUGUGUGUCCGUCCACAGGUGCAGUGGUUGCUGCAAUCAGGAGGGCGUCACUUGCAGGAACACGACGACUGUGUAUGUGAAUAAAACUGUCCUCAGUGUAAUUCCAUUCAAGUUUGUACCAGAACCUGUGCUACUAAAGGUCACAAACCACACAGAGUGCAGCUGCAUGGAACCUGCGAUUAUUCGCCGUAACGCUCAUCCUCACAGGGGCAGCGGCUGCUCUCUGAUGGACCAGCUGUCGGAGGCAGAAGACUCCAGGAGGCUUUGCGCUACCGGCUUCAUCUGGGACUGUUCAACUGACAGAUGCAUACCCUACCCUUCCAGUUCACCAGAGCUUCCGCUUAGUUCAUGGAUGCCAGACUGUGAGAUAGAUGUGGAGCAGUGCGACUGUCUCCCGAGACCCAAACCGAUUCUCCAACCAAGUCCCAUAAACCCCUGUCCACUCAACUCCUCCAUCUGUGCCAGCAGGUAUCAACGUUUUGAUAGCGCCUCAUGCAGAUGCAGAUGGCCCAAGUAGAUGCCCUCCUGCAGAAAUACUAUAUGACAAGCUGCUUGCCGAAAAGCAGCGAAAGAUUUUCCAUAAUUUAUUUAAAAUUCUAUUUAUGCAGAUCACUUUGACUAUUGAUAUUAACUCAAAUGACCAUGUUAAUUGAUUAUUUUUAACAUGCUUACACUAGAUUUCAAUCUAUAUGUAAAGUUUAUGAUUUGGACAAUGUUCUUUGUG